AUGGCGACGGCUGACCGCGGAUCCAACUAUGGUUGUGGUGACGUCCCCUCCGCCGGGGAUGACGGGCCAGGUGGUGAAGCCACUGGUGGAUGUGCUACCAACGGAUGCUACACACGACAUCUUAUGCGGAGACGUCAAGUCAUGCCUGCUACCGGCAGGUGGUGGGACAGUAGCCGGAGGCAGGCGGUAUGGGGCGUCUUUGUCUUCCAUUGUCUCCUUCAAAGGGUUAGUGGUUAUAUAGGGAGUUACUGUCGCAAGGUAUAUGGUUGCAUGCAUCGUCCUGAUGCAGAAGCCAAUGGUUAUCCUCCUUUUCAAGAAAAGAAAAUCCAAAUGAGAAAUGCAUUAUUUGAAGCGCGACCGACUCAAUUUGCAAAGUCCCCCUAUAAUAGAGCACCAAUUUGCAUUGCCGACACCGACACUUCGACUCUUGGGGGAGGGGGUGUAGUUGAACGUGACAUAUCCGCAUAUAUCUCCAAAUUAUCUCUACCCAUGUAUAGCCUAACUACUAAAGAUUUGAUGAGUCUGGGCACUGAAACGGCCUACUCGAGGGUGUACUAUAUAUUAGUGGCAGAGGGUGAAUUCGCUGCUGGUUGCUCCACAAGAACAACUCAGAAGGCGCAUUUCUUCGGUUCAAGGCCAUCCUCCCAAAUCAUCUACAGCCCAACAUCAUCGCAUUUGUCCCGGAGAGCUGUAAUCGCCUUAGCCGGAAAGCAAUCUUGGGACAUCGGCAGGUUUGCCAAGACUCUGUUUUUCUUCAACGGGCCUCCAAACCCUCUCAAGAUUGUGGAGUCCAUAAUGAGCAGCAUCACAGCCUCCGCUCCUACCGAGGCGCCGAAGAAAGCAGAGACUUCUGAUUUGGUGCUUGUCACUGGGGCUACCGGCGGUGUCGGGCGAAGAGUUGUCGAUGUCCUGCGAAAGAAGGGGGUGCCUGUCCGAGUAUUGGUUAGAAAUGCAGAGAAGGCGAGGACAAUGUUGGGGCCAGAUGUGGACUUGAUCAUAGGAGAUGUUACAAAGGGAGACACGCUCGAUCCUAAGUACUUCAAAGGGAUUAAGAAAGUCAUCAAUGCAGUUUCAGUCAUAGUAGGGCCAAAGGAAGGUGAUACACCGGAUAGGCAGAAGUAUUCACAAGGCAUCAAGUUUUUUGAACCCGAGAUAAAAGGACCUUCACCUGAAAUGGUAGAGUACCUUGGUAUGCAAAACUUGAUUAAUGCUGUAAAGGAAAGUGUCGGGCUAAGCGAAGGGAAACUGCUAUUUGGAUUCAAAGCCAAUUUAUGUGGAAAGUUUGUGUGGGGAGCACUUGACGAUGUUGUAAUGGGCGGUGUUAGUGAAAGUGCAUUCCAAAUCCAACCAACAGGAAGUGAAACUGGUGAAGCAACUGGAUUAUUCAAAGGUACCGUGUCUACUUCAAAUAACGGUGGCUUCACUAGUAUAAGGACAAAGAAUUUUACCGUGCCCGAGGACCUGUCGGCAUACGAUGGUGUUGAACUACGAGUUAAGGGCGAUGGCCGGAGGUACAAACUUAUCAUAAGAACUAGCUACGAAUGGGAUACUAUCGGCUACACUGCAAGCUUCGACACCACAAAGGGCGAAUGGCAAAGCGUUAGAAUACCUUUCUCUUCGCUGAUACCUGUAUUUCGUGCCCGUACCGCAACUGAUGCUCCGCCCUUUGAUGCAAGCAAUAUCACUGCACUACAGCUCAUGUUCAGCAAGUUUGAAUACGACGGAAAGCUCAACCCAACGUUUGCAGAAGGUCAAUUCGAGCUCCCUUUUUCAAGUAUCAAAGCAUACAUAAGUGAGCCAAUUACUCCAAGGUUCAUUCAUGGAGAGGAUUUAAUUCGGGAAAGUGGCGUGCCCUACACUAUCGUGCGGCCAUGUGCUCUAACUGAGGAACCAGCUGGAGCUGACCUCAUAUUUGAACAGGGGGAUAAUAUCACUGGAAAGAUAUCGCGGGAAGAAGUUGCCCGCCUUUGUGUCGCGGCUCUAGCAAGCCCGAGUGCAGUGGGGAAGACUUUUGAGGUCAAGAGCACCGUUCCAUUUAGCGAACCGUUUGUGAUCGAUCCUUCAAACCCUCCUCCUGAGAAGGACUAUGAAGUGUACUUCAAAGAACUCAAAGACGGCAUAACCGAUGAUAUUUAUUCAUUCUUCCUGCAUGAUUUUUUAUUUGCGCAACUUGCAACUGUGGAUCUGAAGAUUAAUGCCCUCAGAUCUCAGAGCAGCUCAUUAACUGGGAGUCUGAGUACAGAUUACAUUGAUAUCAGUCGAUUUUCAGACAAGAACAAGUUACUCCAGCCUCCUUUCAAAAUACAGUAA